AUCCCUCCGCCGAGAUGGAUUCAUUCGACGACCACAUGUCUCCGGGACGACCCCGAGAUGGAGAUUCGUAUCUCGGACGAGCGUCCGGGGAAUUUCGACGCCGAUCUCCUUCCCCCCAAGAUCGUCGCCGUCGCCAUGCUAUGGUCCUCGCGAAGGACGCCCCCGAGAACGCCGACGUUCGCCCUUCUCAUCCAGAGACACAUACACCCCGGGAAUCGCAACCGCUCACCGCCGAUUGUAUACCCCGAUCCGCUCUCCGUCGAAUUCGAGCUAGAACUCAAAGAAUAUCGCCUGUGGUGGCGACAGGAUCGAGAGGCAAACCGAAUUACCAAUGGCAUCAAAGGGGAGCGUGAGGCCUUGGAGGACCGAGAGAAGGAAGAGGCUGAACUUGAGAAGGAUUACAAGGACUAUCUCAUCAAGUUCACGCGAACUCUUGUUCGGAAGCACCGGGACGACGAAUGGUUCAAGGAACGCUACAACGAUGAGCUGCGGAACCCCAUCCGCAGCCGCCUCCUCGCUUUCCGGAAGGGAGGCUUUGAGCAAUGGGAGCGUGAUUUGAACGAAGGUGUAUUUGAUGAGUUCUCUUUGGAAGGAAUCCACAAGAGCGAGCACGACGGCGCCGGUGGUGUCAUUGAGAAGGAGGAGGGCGAGACUACCACUGCUGGUGAAACCCAAGGUGGUCAAGAUCUAGUCCCAGCUCGUGGAGCGGAUCUGCGCGACGAGACCCUUUCUCAACCAACCCUGCUCAUCAAGACAUUGGCUCCAAAUAUCAGCCGCGAUAAGAUCGAGGAGUUUUGCAAGGAGCAUCUUGGAGAGGGUGAUGGUGGCUUCAAAUGGCUCAGUCUUGCCGAUCCCAGGCCAAAGAAGAAAUUCCACCGCAUGGGAUGGGUCAUGCUGCACCCCGCGGCAGAUACGAUGAAUGUCGUGGAGCGUGGUGAUGGCCGCGACGAGGAGGGCGAGAACUUUGAAAUUGACCAGGACCACACUGGCAAUGGCAAUUCCGUCACCAACACGGCCGAGAAAGCUCUCGAAGCUGUGAAUGAGAAGAAGAUCCAUGAUCCGGUGCAUGGUGACUUCACCUGCCACAUGGGAGUUCAUAACCCACCUCCCCUUGCCAAGAAAACACUUUGGGACUUGUACUCCGCCCCGAAAAGAAUCGAAGCCGACCUGAGCCUUGCGAAGAGUUUGAUUGAAAAGCUGGAUGCUGAAUUGACCGAAGUGUUGGGUUAUGACGCCAGCGCAGCUACCAAGAUCGAAGAACGCAUUGAGGACUUGAAGAGAAAGGGCUGGCUGCAGCCUCCUGUCACUGGCCCAGUCAGCAUCAAGCAGGAUAAUGGAUUCGACGAGGAUGCCGAGGACGGGGAAUUAGAGGAGGGUGAAGAGAAGGAAGCGCACCAAAACAAUGAUGUCGACGAUAUGGAGCUUUUGGUGCAAAAGAAGAACUUGGACUUGAUGGUGGAGUACCUGCGACGAGUCCACAACUUCUGCUUUUACUGUGUGUAUGAGAGUGACUCGGUUCAUGGACUUACCCAAAAGUGCCAAGGUCACCUUCGUCGACCACGCGGCACUCUUUCUAAGCGCGCUGAGGAUGUCGCUGAUGCUAGUGUCAACGGCACAGACUUCCCUGCCGAAGACGAGGAGCUGCCGGAGGAUGGAGAGUCGUCGCCGCAAGAAAGACGAAACCAGCGACCCGUUUCGAAGAACGAGAAGCAGCUGCAAACUGCUUUCAAGCAUGUAAAGAGGUUCGAAGAUAGACUGGGUCUGAUUUUGGACCCGCAAUCCGUCGACUUGCGCAAAUUCAACUGCAUGGAUGACGAAGAGGCCACUGUUGACGAAUUAUUGGCCAACCACGUUCUGAAGCGCACUGUGAGCACCGAUGAGGGAAAGCAACUUCGUUUCGACUGCAAACUGCCAAAUUGCUCAAAGAAAUUCGCGGCCGAGCGUUUCUGGCUCAAUCACACCACCGGACGUGGAGCCGAAGGCCAACCGCCCAAGAACCCGGGCCACCAAGCAUUCCGGGCGAAUAUCACUAGUGAGAUGGCACUUGUAAAGAGAUUCGCUACAGACCCAUCGCGUCUCGUGAUACCCCACCCUGACCCCAAGAAGAACGAGGACAACCCGUUCGGCCCAGGCGGCCCGUCACACGGACAUGGAAUGAUGGCAUAUACCUACAACCCAGACGUACCCGGCGGAUUCGCAGUUCGGGGCACGGGCAUGCCCAUGAUGUCCAGGAACGGAGGUCCCUGGGGCAAUGGGAUGGUUUCCAGCGACGGUCCUGGUCUCCACCAUCCUGGUGCCAUGCGCCGCGGAGGAAAUAUCCGCCACCAUCCUCGACCUGGACCGUACGACCGCCGGCGGCCCAACGGAAGCGGUCGACUCAGCCCUGUCCGCAUGUCUAACAUGCACGGCGCGGGCCGUUACCCUCCCUCGGGUCAUCCUGCCGCCGGAAUGGUCGGCAAUAACCCGUUCCCCGAUGCAAUGGGUGCAGGUGGUGCGCAGCAGCCUAUGCCGCCGCGUGAAGCGGUCCAGGGGCGGAGUAUCAAGAGCUAUGAGGAUCUCGAUGCGGUGGGUGGGUCCGGUAGUGGAGAGCUGAACUAUUAG